AUGCCCCGCUGUGAUAGAGGAAGUAAUUGUGAGCCUGUCUCUGACCCUGGACAAUAUUCUGAAACUCUUCUGCGCCUCACCUCCACUACAUUCAAAAGGCUCUGGUUCCAGGUGCUGACCCCUCCGGACGGGCAGUGGGGCGGGCCACUUCCAGACGGCAGUGUCGGGAUCAUCGGGCAGGUGGCGAGGCGGGAAGCUCACCUGGCCAUUUGCGAAAUUACCAUCACAGGGAGCAGAGAGACAGUAGUGGACUUCACCUCGCCCUACUACCUCGAGGCCACCACCAUGGUCUCCCCCGCCCCGGCACUCAGAAGCAGGAUAUUCGCGAUCUUCUCCCCCUUCACCUAUCAAGUGUGGGUGUGCAUCGCCGCGGCCACGCUAGCAGUAGGUCCUGUGGCUUUCAUCCUUGCUACCUUGAUGGACGCCUAUGUCUCGCCGCUUCCCUCCCGCCGCGGCCCCCACGAAUACUCCUUCCACAUGUUCCGCAACCUGGUGGUGCAGACGAACCUCAUCAAGACCUCGGAGUUGCCACAUCGCAUCCUCUUUAUCUCGUGGAUCCUGUUUUGUUUCUACGUGUGUGCUCUCUACUCGGGGACCUUGACGGCGGUGUUGGCGGCGCCCUCCUAUGAGCCUACGGUGGACAGCCUUCAGGACCUGCCCCGCGCCGUUCGCCAAGGAUACACGCUGGGGAUGAUAAAAGAUACGAGCAUGAUGUUUUUGUUCAAGGAAGCGAAGGAAGGAAUCUACCGCGAGGUGUGGCAACUUUUCGAUCACAGCGCCGAGUCCCAGAGCUUCUUCAGGGACCCUUUCUCAGGUUUCGAUAAGAUCCUUCAGAGGCGGUUGGUGAUGUUCUUCCCGUCCCUGAAUGGCGAGUUGCAGGCCAUCUACAGAGGGCGCCAACGCUACUACUUCGCGCCCCACCACUUCUACCCGCAGGCGUAUGGCAUGGCGUGCUUCAGGGGCGCUCCUUUCCUGGCCAAGUUCAGUCAGAUGCUGAGGUGGAUGACGGAGGGUGGACUCGUGCUGCACUGGAGGCGGGAGGUGAUGGAUGAAGAGUCCACAUCGACGCCCUCCACCUUCCAGGGACACACUGAGGAAAGGUGGUCCACUGCUAUCAACCUGAAGCACUGCCAGGCUGCUUUCUUCCUCCUGCUGCUGGGGCUGGCGGUGGGGGGCGUGGUGCUGGUAGGGGAGGUGAUUCUGGCCUCCUACGGCACCUGCAGGCACGGCUCCUCCACCUGGGUCACUGCCGCAGGUGAGAAAGCAGGUGAGGACAGAGUUGCUACAGGUGUUUAGGUGUUCAGGUGUUACGCUUUAACCUUCCUAUUGCUUUCAUCUCGUUUUUCUUUUUUUUCGUGAGUGAUUUUUUUCUCUCUUUUUCCUUUGGCUUUUUGAGUUGCAUUUUUUUAUUUUUUUUUUUAGGUUUUCUUUUCUGUGGGUGUUUUUUCUUUUUUUUUUUAUCGCGUCUCCCGAGCUUCACUUUUUUUUUUCUCGUGGGAGUUUUUCUUUUUCUUUCUCUUUUUUUUUGCGUCUCCUCAUCUGAUUUUCCUUUCUUUCGAUCUUUUUUUUUUCUAGUUGCAGUUAUUUUUCCUCUAUUUUCAUGUCUCCUGAUUUGAUUUUUUUUUUCCUUGGGUCUUUUUCUAGUUGCAAUUUUCUCUUUCGUGGGUGUUUCCCUUAUCUUUUGUGUCUCCCCAUUUCAUUUUUUUUUUCUAGUUGUAAGUUUCUCUUUCGUGGGUGCUUUCCCUUUUUUUUUUUUCGUGUCUCCCGAUUUUAUUUUUUUCCGUGCGUUUUAU